AUGAGAAAUGCCGUAAUUAAAUGUUUAUUCUAUGGGUGUUUGACAUCUGGGAUCUGCAUAAAUCUGUUGCUCGUGUAUUUUCACUGUAAUCAUGGGAGCAACCAGCAGAAGAAAAUCCAUGAACCUACAUCAGAUUGUUCCCUUGAAGAAAACAUGCAUCAGCAAAUGACCCAUGGUGCAGAGCAAAUCUCAAAACCACAAAUCCUGGUCAAAACGUCUGAAGAAGAUAUACCUGAGAAGCUGAGACCAUUUCCUGUAUUGGGUGACGAUUUUAACUAUUCGGACCCAGAAGUUUUAAGUGGCUUUUUGAAAUAUGGAUUUAAUACUGUUAUCAGUAAAAGCUUGGGAAUCGAGAGAGAUGUGCCAGAUACCAGGAAUGAAAUGUGUCUCCAAAAGCAUUACUCAGUUAACCUACCUACCGCCAGUGUCGUCAUUUGCUUCCACAAUGAAGAAUUUAAUGCCUUGUUUCGGACAGUGUCCAGUGUUAUAAAUCUCACUCCAUCCCAUUUCCUUGAAGAAAUUAUUUUGGUAGAUGACAUGAGCGAAUUUGAUGAUUUGAAAGAAAAGCUAGAACACCACUUGGAAAAGUUCCGGGGAAAGAUUAAAUUAAUAAGAAACGAAAAGAGAGAGGGGCUGAUUCGAGCAAGGAUGAUCGGGGCAUCUCGUGCUUCAGGGGACGUCCUGGUGUUCCUGGAUAGCCACUGCGAGGUGAACAGAGUCUGGCUGGAGCCCUUGCUGUAUGCCAUCAACAAAGACCCCAAAAUAGUAGUGUGUCCUGUGAUAGAUGUCAUUGAUGAGCUCACCCUGGAAUAUAUACCCUCUCCCAUUGUAAGGGGAAUUUUUGACUGGGACCUGCAAUUUAAAUGGGAUAAUGUUUUCUCUUAUGAGAUAAAUAGACCUGAAGGACCUGCUAACCUGAUCCGGUCACCUGCAAUGGCUGGAGGAAUUUUUGCUAUAUAUAGGCAUUAUUUUAAUGAGAUUGGACAGUAUGACAAAGGCAUGAAUCUCUGGGGAGGAGAAAAUUUGGAACUUUCACUAAGGAUCUGGAUGUGUGGAGGCCAACUCUUUAUAAACCCCUGCUCUCGAGUCGGACAUAUCACUAAGAAACACACCGAAAGAAAGUCUACAGUCAUGAAUGCCAUAACACAUAACUAUCUAAGGUUGGUGCACGUUUGGCUGGAUGAAUAUAAGGAGGAGGUUUUUCUUCGAAGACCUGGUCUGAAAUUCAUGACCUACGGAAACAUUAGUGAGCGUGUUGCAUUAAGGAAACGGUUGGGCUGCAAGUCAUUUCAGUGGUAUUUGGAAACUGUCUUCCCAGAGUUAGAGUUAUCUAUGAAAAGCCGAUGA